GUCUUCAACGCGCAAGCCCAGUCCGGCGCGUACCACCUCCCGCGCCUGCUGGCGGCUGGAUACGGCACCCUCAGGAUCGAGCUCGUCGAUGAGUCACCAGAGCACGUGGCCCAGCUUCUCAACGGCUACCGCGACGUGGCCCUGGGCCGCGCGCCCGCCGGCCGCCUGUGGUCGCUGCUCGCGUCGCUGCCCGACGGCAACGGGCGCGCCGGCGGCGUCGGGGGCGGCAGCCUGGACGUGCGGGGGGAGCGGGCGGCGGCGGAGCUGCGGCCGACGGCGGCGACGGUGAAGGCAGGGGCGGCGGCGGCGGCGGGGCCGGCGCGGCGAUAG